UUAUCAACAUGAUCAACAAGUGCACAUGAGUGGUUACUGAUUACAAGUGAUGUUAUAGUUUGUUUGUGAUAAGGCCCGGCUUUCAGCACAAAGUCCUGCCAGGUACAACAAGCCCUUGCGCUACUUGCUCACAUCCCUCCCAUCCCUCGUAGGACCACUGCUGCUUCUCAGAGUUCUUGAACAACAGCAGCAUCAUGAGUGUAGAGUCCACCAAGCAGCGUGAUUCUUGCUGCUCCAAGCUCAAGCUUUUUCUGGCCUCUAUGGCAUUCGUAUACUUUGCCAAAGCCUUCGGUGGAGCCUACAUGAAGAGCUCCAUCACCCAGAUUGAGAGACGCUUCGACAUUCCCAGCUCCCUCAUUGGGGUCAUAGAUGGCAGCUUUGAAAUGGGUAACCUGCUGGUAAUAGCCUUUGUGAGCUACUUCGGUGCAAAGCUCCAUCGUCCCAGAUUGAUCGGUAUUGGCUGUUUGGUCAUGGCUGCUGGCUGUUUCCUCAUUACGCUGCCUCACUUUUUGCAGGGCCUGUAUAAAUACGAGACCAGUGUGACUCACAGUAAAGAUGUGAACAGCACUGAGAGCAUCCUGCCCUGUUUGUCCAACCACACAGUGCACGAUGUGGACACACCUGAUUUAGCAGCCAUAGCAGAUUGCGAAAAAGCAGCCGGUUCUUCCAUGUGGGUAUAUGUGUUCCUGGGAAACAUGCUGCGUGGGAUUGGAGAGACCCCCAUUAUGCCUCUAGGAGUGUCCUACCUGGAUGACUUCUCCAGAGAAGAGAACACUCCUUUCUAUUUGGCCUGCAUCCAUACAGUGGGAAUCUUGGGACCGAUGUUUGGCUACAUGAUGGGAUCCUUUCUGGCCAAGAUCUAUGUGGAUGUUGGAUUUGUGGAUUUAGAGAGUGUGACCAUUAACUACAAGGACUCCCGCUGGGUCGGGGCCUGGUGGCUGGGUUUCAUUGUGACCGGCACUAUUAUCUUGCUCUCCAGUAUCCCCUUCUGGUUCCUGCCUAAGUCUCUUCCCAAGCAGGGCAAAGAGAAGAGCCAGAAUAAACGCACAGAGCUUGCAACAGCAGUGGAGCAGGAUAAUUUCCUGCCGGAGGAUCAGCAAGAGAAAGAGACUCCAGUAACAUUCCAAGAGCUGGCAAAAGAUUUUAUACCAUCUCUGAAGAGACUCUUCAGGAACAGCAUCUACACACUGAUGAUCCUCACCUACCUGGUGGCAGUCAAUGGCUUCAUGGGCAUGAUCACCUUCAAGCCAAAGUACUUGGAGCAAAUCUACGGCCAGUCCGCCUCCAGGGCCAUUUUCCUCAUAGGUAUACUCAAUCUCCCAGCAGUCGCUUUGGGCAUCAUCACUGGAGGUUUUGUGCUCAAGCGUUUCAAGUUAGGCGUGGUAGGAGCAGCCAAGGUGUCCAUGGGGGCAUCUAUUGGAUCAUUUUGCCUGUUGGUAGUCCAGGUCUUCCUUCAUUGUGAGAACACGGAAGUGGCUGGCCUCACGGUGACAUAUCAAGGAAUGCCUGAAGUGUCCUACAAUGCGCAAACGUUGCUGUCACAAUGCAACACUGGCUGUUCCUGUUCAAUGAAGCAGUGGGACCCUGUGUGCUCCUACAACGGGAUGACGUACGCCUCGCCCUGCCUGGCCGGAUGUCAGACCUCCACUGGCACCGGCAAGGAGAUGGUGUUCCAUAACUGUUCCUGUGUUAGCGCCAACAUGAGUCCAGGCCUAAACAUGUCAACCGUACUGGGUCAGUGCCCCAGGAAAAGCAACUGCGACCGCAUAUUUAAAAUCUACAUGGCACUGUCCGUGGUGGGCUCCUUCAUAUCCGCCUGUGGGGGCACCCCAGGGUACAUUGUGCUGCUCAGGUCCAUACAAAAAGACUUGAAGGCCCUAGCUUUAGGGAUGCAGACGCUAAUCGUAAGAACACUAGGUGGGAUCCCUCCUCCUAUAUAUUUUGGAGCCCUGAUUGACCGGACAUGUUUGAAGUGGGGUACCAAGCAGUGUGGAGGCCGUGGCGCAUGCAGACUCUAUGAUGCUGAUGCAUUUAGAUGGACUUUCAUGGGGUUGAUCACCGGGUUAUACCUCCUGUCCAACAUGAUGUGGGGAGGCCUCUACCACAAAAUUGUCCAGAGACAGAAGAAGCAAGCAUUGAAGGAACAGGCCAAAGAUAAUGGACUGGAGACCAAUGGAGUAAAUGGACAUGCUAAUAUCAACAUAGCCCAUAAUAAGGAUGACACAGACAAGGAGAGCACCAUUUAAAGAAGAACACCACCUACCGUAAGAGUUAUAAUGUGGUCAUGGUACACCAUCUUGACUUCAAGUAGUAUUACACACAAAAAAAAUCACGGAAUGGGGAUUUCUUGUAUAUUUCCUGUGUAUUCGUCCUUUUUUUUUUUUUUUUUUUUUUUACAGGUGUCUGCACAAUGAAUUGUAUUGUAAAUAAGCGCAAAAAGAAUACAAAAAAUUGACUCACUGCAUACCAUUAAGUUACAUGUAGCAUCUUUGUUACGCAUUUCCACUGUUGACAUCAUGUGGGUCAUUGUGCACAUUGUUACAUAUACUUAUACUCAAACCCUAAAAGGUCAUCCAUCCCUCUCGCUAUCUGGAAAAAAAAACAACAACCCUCAUUCAAACAAUGGGACUGUUUCGUGUUUGAUAUCCACUCUAUCGAUUGAUUGAUACAAGUAUGUAAUUAGUGUUAAUAAUAAUGCAUAUACAGAAUAUAUGGUCUUAGAUGUCUUUAUAUAGUGAGCUUUUUUAUUUACAAUUGUAAUGAUUGUCCUUAAAGCAGUUGUGUUUGCAUUAAAAUACAUUAUUAACAAUA